ACUGUGCAUUAUAUUGAAGGUCUUGGGCUGACGAUUGGAGGUUUGUGAACAAUCUGGGAGAGUGAGGGAGGCGGCAGAGAAAGACAGCAAUGGCAGCAGCUCAUAGAGUCAUCGUGUAUGGAGGAAAGGGAGCUCUGGGCACGAAGUGUGUUGAGUUUUUUAAGUCCAAGCACUGGUGGGUUGCCUCCAUUGAUCUAAUGUCUAAUGAAGAAGCGAAUGCAAAUAUCAUCGUGAAGAUGAGCGAGUCGUUCACUGAGCAGGCGGAGCAGGUUACCACAGAGGUUGCCAGUCUUCUUGGGGAACAGAAGGUGGAUGCCAUUAUCUGUGUAGCAGGAGGGUGGGCUGGUGGCAGUGCAAAGGCAAAAUCUCUUUUUAAAAACGCUGACUUGAUGUGGAAACAGAGUGUGUGGACAUCAACAAUCUCUAGUCAUUUAGCUACAAAACAUCUGAAAGACGAUGGCUUGUUGACACUGACAGGGGCAAGUCCUGCUUUGAAGGGUACAGCAGGAAUGGUGGGCUAUGGCAUGGCAAAGGCAGCUGUUCAUCAGCUCUGUCAGAGUCUAGCUGGAGAGAAAAGUGGAAUGCCCCCUGGAUCUUCAGCACUUGCAAUUCUGCCUGUUACCUUGGACACGCCAAUGAAUAGGAAAUCAAUGCCUAAUGCAGAUUUCAGCUCCUGGACACCAUUAGAAUUUGUUGCUGAAACCUUAUUCAAUUGGACCUUCAGAGAAACCAGACCUACUUCAGGAAGUCUUAUUCAGCUUAUUACAGCUGAGAGCAAAACUGAACUAAUUCCUGCUCAACUUUAAGGUGGAAUUACUGUUGUAAAAGUAUCAAUUGAGAAAUCAAUUUUUUUUUAAAGAAGUGCCAUGAACAUGUUUAGAUCAAGUUGAAUGUUAAAUUCCAAUUUGGUGGGUGAUAGAAAAAUCAAAUAUUUGAUUGGAAAGUUACAGUUUACUGGCUCCUGUACAUAAUUGCCAGUUUUUCCCAUUUAAUUAUUUUGGCUUUCCUGCACCUCUUACUUUUCUUGUCUAAUUAAAUGCAAUAACUUACUUUAUCUCUUUUUAAUGCACAAUGCACCCACAGAGUUAUUUGGAGAAAGAAAGUCAAUUUUCACUGCCCAAAACCUCCUUGUGUCUUAUUUACUUGAGAUAUAUCGCUUAACAAUAACAUGUGCGCUUCACUGUAAUAAAUCCUGUUUCAGGUCAAAAUGACCCAUUUAAAUGUACAGAUGGAUUUUAAACUUUUAUGGUCAUGCUCACUUCCAAAAUUCUUAACGUCACAGAAUUCCAAAAGGGUGAACACCCUGAACAGAAUUCCUACUGGUGGAUGAUUUUGGUUUGAUCCAACAAAUUAUUUUGAGUAAUACAUUCAAUUCAGUGGAAUCCUUUAGAAUUGCAUUGAAAUUUUAGAUUAGAUUACUUACAGUGUGGAAACAGGCCCUUCGGCCCAACAAGUCCACACUGACCCGCUGAAGCGCAACCCACCCAUACCCUUACAUUUACCCCUUACCUAACACUAUGGGCAAUUUAGCAUGACCAAUUCACCUGACCCGCACAUCUUUGGACUGUGGGAGGAAACCGGAGCAUCCGGAGGAAACCCACGCAGACACGGGGAGAACGUGCAAACUCCACACAGUCAGUCGCCUGAGUCGGGAAUUGAACCCGGGUCUUAGGUGCUGUGAGGCAGCAGUGCUAACCACUGUGCCACCGUGCCGCCCAUCCUCCCUGUAACUGGGGCAUAAUGGAGGGCAAUACCAAACAUUCAUAUUUUCAAGAUUGCCACAUCACAAGAGGAAUAUAAACAAAUUUAAGAUCCAUGUGAUUUUUAAAAAAGAAGGCAUUACCAGAAAUCUUCAAUGAACAGAACAGUCACACACACUGACUGUAUUAAUUUAUACCACUACCUCAUUGCUUGCAUCUCGUUAUUUGUUCUUUGCCUUUUCCAGCGAGACCCUGGAAUCAGCAUUAUAUUUUUCUUAGAUUCAACACUCAAUAUUAAUUCUAAACUGGUAUUCACAAAUACUGGAAGUGCUAGUUAAUUCCUCCUGUCAUUUUGUUUACAUGUGCUUGUAAAGUUGUCUUCUUUGAUGCAAAUCAAGAUUUGUCUGUUCCAUAUGUUUGAGCAAAAUGUGAGAAAUAUUGUUUAUUUAAAGACCAUUUAUUUUCCAUAAGCGUUUUGAGGCUUUCAAAAUCAGUUUCCAUAAUUCAUUUUAAUUUAAAAUUAUUCUAAGAUGUCAGAAUUGGUGUGUGAAUAUAUUUGUGAAUGACUAGAAUAAAAACAUAGUAGAAAAACAUGUAUUUUAUACAAUUUUUUUUAACAAGUCCUGUUUUCCAACUGACAGGAAUGUAACUAGUUGCUUGGUACAGUGUUUACUAUUCUCAAACUCGUUACCAGAGUCUUGGGGCAGAUAAUUCAUUCAGUUGCCCAUGAGUUGUUUCUUUUUUUCUCUCAUUCUCUUUUCAUGCCCCAGGCCAGCAAGUUGGGAUAUAGUCCAUGGAAACUAUAUGGAGGAAUCUAGUCUAAUUAUAUGGAAAACGUAUCUUAAAAAUAAUAAAACUCGUCAAGUGUCACCAAGUGUGAAAAUAAAAAGAAAAUUUACUAAUCUGUCAGUUUUACAGUCAGGUCGGAACCAUUUCUGUUUUUAACUUUCUGACAAGUGCUGUAGUUUUGUUUGUCUGUGUGUGUUUCUAGGUAUAACUGUACCAAUACAAACAUGUUACUGCUUUGCACAAAUGUAUUUUUGCAUCUUGUUGCCAUGUACACCUUGACUCAUGAUGUUGUGUAAAAUGGAGAUAUUAAAAUUUACAUCUGAAUGCUGUAGCUUGUCGUGAAUAAAGCAAAUAUAUAUU